AUGCUGCAAAACGACCGGGUUUUGAAGGAAUGCAACAGAAUGCCUUGCUGGAGGGACCAGAAAAGGAAAAGGACUGAUGAGGCUGAGGACAAACUCUGUGAAGAGGCCCAGAAAUGGGGUCUGGCUGGUCAAAGAGCAGGAAGACCGCCGACUGAGCCAGAACAACCUGAGGUGAUCAAGGUUGAUGACUCGAUCACAGACAAGGAGGUGAGGUAA